UUCGCUGAGGCUGGGGUGGAGAGAGACAGUCGGGCUUGCUCGGGCUUUGGGGAAGUGGGAUCUCUCUGCUCAAUUUCUCUCCCUUUCUGUUUGUGGUGGAUUAUUAGAUGAGAGCAGAGGAACAAAUCUGGCUCUCUCUCUCUCUCUCUCUCUCCUCCAGCACUGACCACUGACCAUCAACACUGUGUGCUGCAUCCAUGACUUUACAUACCUGGCUGGUGUACGGGCUUGGAUUUAUCUUGGUUUGGGCACUCUGCUUGACACAGGUCAAGGGGCUGCAGUGCUAUGGCUGCAACAUCAUCCAGGGCCAGAGGUACGUGGACGUGGGCUGCUCCAACCCAGAGGUCAUCACCUGCGCCCACUCACACAAAGGCUUCAAACACCGAUUCUGCAUCAAGACAGAGAGCACGGCCCUGGGUAUCGUCCUGACCAGCGGUUGUGCCACAUCCAGACACUGCCAGCAGCAAGAGCUGCCAGGGGUGCGCAUCCACUGCUGUGACUCAGACCUAUGUAACAGCGCCUCCUCCUGGCACCCAGGCACACUCCACUACGUCAGUGCACUGCUCAGCCUCCUGCUGCUGAGGAUGUGGUUGUGAUGCGGAGUCAGUCUGGAGAGGAUGGAUGGUGACACCAGUGGACUAUAUGGGAGAAACGAUUUUUUUUUUUGUAUUAGUCACUCUCAUUUCCUCUCUUAGCUGCUCACAUUUAGGACUGAUUACCGAAUGAGAGUUUUACUCAGCGCGGUGUAACUUGUGAGCAACUUCGAAACCGUAGCUUUUGUCAUAUAGUCAGACCGGUGGCAAAAUAACCCUGUGAAACUGUGUGAUCGUGGGGGUCAUCAGUGAAGUUAUUGUGCACAUCCACUUACUCAAAUGUAGCUCGAAGUACAGAUUAUAGGACACUAUGGGACAUUUGUUGCCACGAAAAGAAAAGAUCUUCGUUAGAGUCAUGAUGUCACUUCAUAAAGUCUUGCGAUGCAGAUACACACUGACUUCAGUUUUGUAGAGGCUUACAUCUACUUGUGCUGUUAUACAUCAACCCAUUUACUCUGUUAGGCUUCUGUUCGUUCAUCAACUUUCUCAAGCUCAAAUCUUUGUGUGCAGUACAUUCUUUUAAGGUCACGGGUCGCCAUUUAUUUUGCAAUAUAUUGAGGAUAUUUUUUUAGACUGCUGUCCAGUUGUCCAGGCUAAGCUUGGGGAGAGCACACUGCAUGAGGAUUUAUGUAGGACUGUAAGAAAUACCGUACA